ACGAAAGAAGCCGGGCAAGGAUUUUGAAGCAGAAAUUGAAGGGAAAGGACGAAGAACUAUCAUUUCUCUCUGCAGUUUAAAAGUCGAUUACAGUUAUAUUCAGGAAUGGAUGAUGAAUUGUUGGAGCUGCAGAGGCAAUUCGAAUUCGCGCAGCAAGCGAAGUCGAGUAUCCGAUUAUCGGAGCGAAAUGUCGUCGAAUUGGUCCAAAAGCUUCAGGAGCUUCGCAUCAUCGAUUUCGACCUCCUCCACACCGUCUCUGGAAAAGAAUACAUAACUCCUGAGCAAUUGAGGAGUGAAAUUUUGGCAGAGAUCAGCCGACUAGGGCGUGUCUCCUUGAUUGAUCUGGCAGAUAUUACUGGGGUUGAUUUGUAUCAUGUUGAAAAGCAAGCUCAACAUGUAGUCUCAGAUAAUCCGGGGCUUGUGUUAGUUCAAGGGGAAAUAAUAUCACAAUCUUAUUGGGAUUCUGUUGCUGAGGAAAUCAAUGAGAGGCUUCAAGAGUGCAGCCAAAUUGCUUUAGCAGAUAUUGCUGCACAGUUACAAGUGGGCUCUGAACUGGUGGCAUCUGUUUUGGAGCCCCGCCUGGGAACUUUGGUGAAAGGUAGGCUUGAAGGUGGGCAGCUAUAUACGCCGGGAUAUGUAACUCGUGUUAGUGCCAUGGUCCGUGGUGCUGCUAGGGGUGUCACAGUUCCAACAAAUUCUUUUAUUACUUAUGAAGCUUUGCGCAAACUUGGAAUUUCUCAGCCUAUACCAUUCUUGCAGUUAAUCUGUUUCCUAACUUUGACUUGGGUGGAAUGGUGCAGGAUCGAUUCACUCUCUGUUUUGCCUGCAUCCUUUGGAUUGGAAGAUGCAUCUAAGAUUUUGUUACUUUGUCCAUCUGUCCAGUCAGCCCUGAAGGAUAACAAGGCACUUUUGGUGGGGGAAUCCUAUAUAUUUAGCAAUGGCUUUGUCAAGGAUAUAUAUGACCAAAUUGAAAAGGAAUCAGAAGCCUUUAGUCUCUCAAGGUCUUCUUCUGUCCCUCAGAGUGGUGAUUCAGAUUUUACCAAAGAAGCCAAAGUUGGGCAUGAUUCCGGCAGGUUUGAAUCAGUAGAAAGGAGCAAUGAGACUGGUAAUAGUAAACUUGCUACUGAAAAAGGAUCAAGAAAGAAAAAGGGUAAAGCUUCUGGGUCAAAAGCAGCUGUACCUGAAACUGGUUCAGACAAUCAAGACUAUGUUUCAACAAAAUCCAAGAAAAACCAGAAGAAAGGAAGGGAUUCUUCAUCCUCACAGGUGGCAGAUUCAAAAGCAGCAACUAAGAAAGAUUCUUUUAAAAUGCAAGAGGAUAAUUCUAAUGUCCCUUCUGAAGACUGGGUAAUGCAGAAAAUCAUGAGCAUGGUUCCUGAUUUUGCAGAACUAGGUGAUGAAGAUGUUGAAACAAUUCUUCGUCAAUUAGCAAAUUAUAUGAGACCAAUGCUCAUAAAUUAUUUGAAGGAGAAAAGAAAGGCGUUGUUCACUGAAAAUGCAGAGAGAAUGAAAUGCUUGCUUGACGACCUGCAGAAGAAACUUGAUGAGUCUUUCUUAAAUAUGCAGCUGUAUGAAAAAGCAUUAGAUUUGUUCGAAGAUGACCAAACAACUUCAGUUAUUUUUCACAGGCAUUUGUUAAGAGUGAUAGGUGCUCCUAUCAUGGAUAUGCUGUUUCGUAACUUGGAUGUUUACAAUAAAUUAAAGAAUGGGAUUGAAAUUGAAGAUUCUCAACAGCAGGAAUCUGUUACACUUAGUCCUGGAGAACGAACUGCUCUUGCAAAGAGUUUUCCAGGAUCACUCUCAAAGAAGGCUCUUACAGUAGUUGAAGCUUUGGAAGGGAAGCAAGUGGAGAUAUUCAUGGCUGCAUUGCGAGAUGUAGCAGAAGAAAGUGCAUUGCCAUUGAAAAAGCUCGAAAAGAAGCUGGAGAGAACUCUUUUGCAUUCAUAUCGCAAGGAUUUGACAUCUCAAGUUUCUGCUGAAACUGACCCAGUUACUCUUCUGCCGAAAGUUGUCAUUCUUUUUUGUUUAUAGAUUCACAAUAAAGCUCUUCAAGCCCCUGGAAGGGCCAUUGCUGUUGCUAUUUCUCGAUUGAAGGAUAAAUUAGAUGACUCUGCAUACAAGAUAUUGACAGAUUACCAAACAGCAGUAGUGACCCUUUUGGCACUCAUAUCAGCUUCAACUGGCGAGGAAGAAGAUUGUUCAUCCGAUCGACUCUUGAGCAAAAGGGAGCUUCUGGAGAGGCAAAUGCCAGCAUUGAAAAGUCUGGUUUUGGGAACUUCACAAUCCUGAGGCACGGAAUAAGGAGACUAUAACUUCCAAUGUGAACUACAUAGAAGAUGUUAGCUAGGCACAUCUUGUCUCCAUUUUCGAACAUUUUAUUGUCUCUAGGGGCAGAAUCUGGAUAACACUGAAUCUGGGGAACUCAAGAUGCUCAUCUUUUAUAGUUGAGCUUGCACAUUGUUUUGUUAUCUGGCCUGCUCAUCGGGCAACUAGUUAAUAAGAAGUCUAGAAUUUUUAGCGCAUAGAGUAUGAUAUUUUCUGUUGCAAUUUAAUGGGGUUAUUUUUUUUGUGACAGUUUAGUGUUAUGAUUUUCUUAAGAAAACAUUUAUAUAAUAUUCAUGUAUAUGCUGAUAUGACAA